UCAAGUGACCAUAACCUACAGCAGCCAAUCAAAACUCAAUGCUAUUAGCCGACCGACAACCACAAUUUUGAGAAAUGGCUGACGAUAAAGAAGUAGAGAAAACUAUUGCUGAGGACUUGGUUGUAACCAAGUACAAACUAGCAGGACAAAUUGUAAAUCGUGUCCUGGAACAGUUAAUCGCGAAAUGUGUUCCUGAAGCAUCCGCCAGAGAAAUAUGCGAAUUUGGCGACAAGCUUAUUUUAGACGAGACGUCUAAGGUUUUUAAAAAAGAGAAAGAUUCCAAGAAGGGUAUAGCGUUUUCGACAUGUGUGUCGGUGAACAAUUGUAUAUGUCACUUCUCACCGAUACCUAGUGAAAACGAUUACAUUCUGAAGGAGGGAGACCUUGCCAAGAUUGAUCUUGGUGCUCAUAUAGAUGGGUUCAUUGCAGUGGUCGCACACACUGUUAUUGUUGGUGGUGUGGAGGCAACUGGACGUGCUGCUGAUGUUGUCCUUGCUGCUCAUUAUGCUAGUGAAGCCGCCCUGAGGUUGCUGCGGCCUGGCAAUGAGAACUAUGCUAUAACAGAUGCAGUGCAGAAAAUAACUGCAGAGUUUGGUUGCAAACCUGUUGAGGGUAUGCUCUCGCACCAAUUAAAACAAUUCCGCAUUGACGGUGAAAAGAGUAUCAUUCAGAAUCCAUCUGAAGCACAGCGCAAGGAACAUGAGAAGACCACUUUAGAGACAUAUGAGGUCUAUGCAAUGGAUGUCCUUGUUUCCACUGGAGAAGGAGUGGGUAGAGAGAUGGACACAAGAUGUACAAUAUACAAGAAAACUGAAGAGGUUUAUCAAUUGAAACUUAAGGCUUCAAGAAUGUUCUACAGUGAGGUCCGCAACAAGCAUGGUUCCAUGCCCUUCAACCUUCGUAGUUUCGACAAAGAAACAAGUGCAAGAUUAGGUGUUGUGGAAUGUGUCAACCACAAGUUAAUUGAGCCAUUCCAGGUGCUGUAUGAGCGUCCUGGUGAACUAGUGGCACAGUUUAAGUUCACUGCUCUGCUGCUGCCUAGUGGCACUCACCGUAUUACUGGACUGCCUUUCGAAAAGAGUCAGUGCAAGAGUGAACGCAGCAUCAAGGACCCUGAACUUAACGCACUCCUCAAUUCGUCCGCAAAAUCAAACAAGAAGAAGAAAAAGAAAACUGGUGCUGAAGAACCCAUGGAAGUUGAAACUGUUGCCUAGCAACAGCUUAAUUUGCCGAGGACAAUCAAAAAGAAAUCUACAGCUUCCUUUGACCCUCCUAUGGACAUUCAUUUCACAAGCCAUUUUCUCCAGACUUUUGUUUAACAUAAUGAAAAUAUUUUAUUUCACAUUUUAAAUCUGCAGGAUGUGUUAGGCUUGUGUUAUAUCAGAGAUACUCCUCCUUUUUUUUAUAACUAAAAUUGCGUAAAAAAAAUACCUUUUAUGUGGGAUUCGCAAUUAAAUGCAAAAUGUAACUUGUGUGCAAUUGGGUAUUUUAAUUUUUGAUUAAAAUAGGUGAAACUAACAAUGUAAUAAUUUUCUUUCUCUUUUGCUUUCAAUACGUAAUUGCUCACUGACUUCUGCAUCAAUUAAAACUGUAAAUAGAAUGAGGACAUCUAUUUGACCAAGUGCCUGUAAAAGCAUAAUUCUUAUUAAACAGACUGCUUGAUAAAUGACCAUUCCCUUUGAAAUGUAAAAUGUUAUGUUUAAGUCAGUCAAUGAAAAGUGCACAAAAUUAAAGCAGAAUUAAUGUAAAUAAUAGUACAUUAACGUAUCGAUUUUGAGAAAUGUAAAACAGUUUAAUUAACUAAAUAAAAUGUUACAUUUUUAUUGAUAUGAAUAUAUAUGAUUAUAUAGCAAGGCUGUUAUCAGUUAUAUACUUCCUUAAAGUUUUACGUUUCUCGUUAUAUUCAUGUUUAUGCCAGCUGCAUAGGUAUAUUUACACAAGCAAGCUUAUUUUUAAAUUGUUAACUUGCUCCAGUAACUUCAGAACUUAACACGACUAUUUACACAAGAAACUAAAAUUAGUUUAAUAGUAGUUAAAAAAAUGAGAAGUGUAUUCGUGUUUAGUGAAUGUCACAUCAGUUUUGUGUCAGCUGCAAUACUUGUUAAAGCUUGGAAAUGUUUGCAUGUUAAUGGAGCGGACCCUAAUAUUAGGUAAAGUUGUAAAAUAUGUGACACUGAGAGAAAGGAAUAAAUCAAAAUGCCACAGUUGUGGGCUGUUUUUGUAAAA